UCAAAGUGCCGGCCUCUCGAUUUUGAGGUGCAAUAUGUCGACAUUUGGGUUUUCUGAUCUGACUUGGGGGACACACUUCGGGGGAGAUGAUGAUGACCAAGAUGAGGAACAAGACUAUUCCACACAGUGGAGACAGGCUCCUCGUGAUGGGCUAAUUUUUGUGAUUGACUGUUCAGAGUCGAUGUUUGAAGAAAACGACUCUUCCACUCCUUUCGAGCUGUGUAUCAAAUGUGCUAAGAAUGUGAUGCAGAACAAAAUUAUCAGCAGUGAGAAAGAUCUGAUGGGACUCGUGUUCUUUGGAACGGACAAAUCCAAGAACAGUGGUGAUUUUAAAAACAUCUAUGUGCUUCAGGACCUGGACCAACCUGGAAGGGAGAGCGUACUUCAGUUGGAAGAGUUGAGUGAAGAAAGUGCUGAUGAGUUCACUGCCAAGUAUGGACAUGGUGACGGCUUCUCCCUUAGCGAUGUUUUCUGGACAUGUUCAAACAUGUUCUCAAAAAGCUCCCAGAGAAUAGGUUUCAAGAGAGUUAUGCUGUUCACCAACAAUGACAAUCCCCAUUCCAACAACCCGAAUCUACAAAGACAAGCUAAGACCAAAGCUGGUGACCUGCAUGAGAAUGGCAUAGAUUUAGAGCUAAUGCACAUGCAGAAACCAGGAGAGAAUUUUGAUGUCAGUCUGUUUUACAAGGACUGUCUCUUCUAUGACGAUGACGAAACAACCACUGCCCUUCCUGAUCCUGCAGAAAAAUUUGACGAGCUGCUCACCAGGGUGCGUUCAAAGGACCACAAGAAGCGCUCCCUUGGCAAGAUACCCUUCACAUUUGGAAAGGAUAUGAGUAUGGCAGUUGGAGUUUACAGUCUUGUGCGGACAUGCACCAAGCCAUAUGCAGUGAAGCUCUACAAGAAGACAAACGAAGAGGUCAAAUCAGUGUCAAAGACUUUCCUUGCUGAUACAUUAGAAGUGUUGAUGCCUCAAGACACCAAAAAGGCUGCCACCUACAGUGGAAAGAAGAUCUGUUUUGAGAUUGAUGAGCUUAACGAAAUGAGGCGACUGGGAGAGCCAGGUUUGACGUUGAUGGGAUUCAAACCUAAAAGCGCCCUGAAGCGAUAUCAUCAUGUCCGCCCAGCACAGUUUAUUUAUCCGGAGGAAACGGUAAUAAAGGGCAGCACGAAUCUGUUUACCGCCCUCCUCCAGAAGGCACAUCAAAGGGACGUGAUCCCAAUUUGCAGAUAUACAGCACGCAAAAAUACCCCACCAAGAUUUGUUGCAUUGUUACCACAGGAAGAAGAACUUGAUGAGCACAAUGUUCAGGUUACACCACCAGGAUUCCAUGUCAUCUUUUUGCCAUUUGCUGAUGACUUGCGUUCAUUGAAAUAUGAAGAAACUCCAAGAGCCAAUAAAGAUCAAGUUGAAAAAGCCAAAGAAGUUGUGAAAAAGAUGAACUUCCCCUUCAAGAGUGAGAGCUUUGAGAACCCUUCCCUUCAGAAACACUACGCCAACUUGGAGGCACUUGCUCUUGAUAGGGAUGUCCCAGAUGACAUCACAGAUUACACAAUGCCAGAUGACGCUAUGAUUAGCAAGCGUGCUGGAAAAAUUCUCGGGGAAUUCAAGGAGCUUGUGUUCCCUGACGGCUAUGAGGCCGGCAAGGGCAAGAAGAGGCCUGCAGGUGGCGCUGCUGGUCCUGCAGGUAAGAAAGCUCGAGGUGGAGCCGACGAUGGAGAGAUAGACGUAGAGGCCGAGGCUAGAGCUGGUAGACUCAGUAAACUGACGGUGCCAAUUCUCAAAGAAUUUGUCAGGAAAACCAAAAUAAAAGGUGGUGGGACCAAGAAAGCAGACCUAAUGGAAGCCAUUAACGACCACUUCGGUUUAUAGAGGGUGUACUGGAAGUAUGCAGUCGAUACUGAAAUGGCAAUACUGUAGUGCUGAGAGCACACUGAGGGUAAACUGGCUGCAAGAUUGUGUUGUGACCGUCUUUUAAAUCGUAUAUUGAUAGAAAAGUAAACAUUUUGUUUAGAAUCCAACGACAUGUAAUGUUUUUAAUUUGUUGACAUGUCUCGGGCUACAUGUAUAUGAAUAUGAUACCUACAAUAAAUGAUAUCAAAC